CGCCGCCGCCGCUAGAAGAGCGGUCGAGGUGGAGCGCGCGAGCCUUACUGACGAGGUGGCGGCGCCGGCGCGUGAUGCGCCGCCAUGCCGGUACGACACCGCGAACUCGGCGACGAGCUCGCACCCCCGGAGCCCAAGCGCUGCAGACACUGCGACGAAAGCCGUUCAUCGUGCGGCGGAGGCAGCGGAUCAGAGGGCUCGGAGGAGCGAGCAUCGUGGCGCGUUACACUGGAUCACGAUCUGGUGGAGACGCUGAGCGCCAUCUACCCGGAGUGGUUCAAACCGCAGCACCGCCGCGAGCGCAGCCGCGCCGCGACGCCUACCUCGCCCGCGUCGCCGCCGCGCACGCCAGCCUCAUCUUCGGACGACACCUUCAGUUCUGGUGCGGAGGAGAUGGCUGGGCGUCAGGCGAGCGGCAGCGGUGCCAGCGAGCCACCCAGCUCGCCGAGGGUGUCGCCACCGAAGGUGGUCGUCGACGACAGCCCUCUACAACCAGCCAUGGGCAAACACAAAGAAUCCUUGAAAGUAAAACUGAUGAUGCGGCGACCCAUCACACAAUUAGUGGCACAAGGGAUUAUGCCUCCACUAAAGACACCCGCAGCGUACUUUGAACAAUGCAAACAGCUAGAAAGAGCAAAAACUGGGGACCUACUCAAAGCUAAGAUUCAAAGACGUCCCGAUCGCCAAGAACUUGAACGAAGACAUAUUUUGGAACAAGAAAGCCAUGUGGAUCCAAGUUUAGCAGAGAAGCAACGAAUGUUAAAGAAAGCACGCCUUGCAGACCAGUUGAAUGAUCAGUUAUCUCACCGCCCUGGGCCCCUUGAACUCAUUAAGAAAAAUAUACUCCAUACAGAAGAAAAUAUCGAAACCGCAGUCAAAAGUGGUAUUCUUGCAUUCAAGGCUACUAGCGAAGGUGCUUCUGGACGACCACAGCAUCCAUCGUCAUACUGUGGCCCGCCUGACGAGGUGUCACCUUCACCUUCACCGCCAUCAACUCUCUCUCCUGUUAGCGUUGCUUCAUCACCUCAACAUCCUGCACCCGGAAAAGAUAAAAAUCGCAAAAAAAAUAAACAAAAACAACAACCUAAGGCGCGCUUUAAAUUUCAUGAAUAUAAAGGACCUCCAAAUGCUCAAAAGUCCUCGUCGCCACCCGGGUCCGUCGAGACUCCCUAUGAGCUUCUCUUACAACAGCAACAAUUACUUCUUCAACUGAUGCCUGCCUCGCCAGCUGCAUCUAUUACAUCAGAUUCGUCGGAUGCUUAUACAGUGCCUCCUCCGCCGCCACCGCCUCCUGCGCCUAUCGCUCCUAUAAUGCCUAUCGCGCGUUUCGAAGACAUGAAAGUAUCCGAUCUUCGAGCUGAAUGCAAACGUCGUAAUUUACCUGUAUCUGGACCUAAACUACAAUUGAUACUUAGGCUGCGACCUUACCUAGAAAAACAAGAAGAUCCACCGCGUUCACCUGCAUCUGUUACCUCUAUUGCUUCUAUCGCAUCUGUUACAUCACCUGACAUCAAAAUAGAAUCAGAUAGCUCUGAGGAUAUAGUUCAAUCGCAAAGACGGCAAAUCGAGGAUCUUGAGCGAAAACUAGAAGCCUCGCGGCAGCAGAUGGAGGCAGUCCGGCGGGAAGCGGCAGGCGCUGCAGCUAGCGACCAAAGUCGACGGCUUUUACAAGCACACAUUUAUAUGUCGCAACUACGAGCGCAGCGCGAUGCUCUACAACAGCCUCAGGUGCCAGCACCCACACCAUCACGGUACGUUAUCGCAGCAUCUUCCGACGCUACACCGGAUCGUCUUGUUAGUCUUUUUACAGUGGCCUCCUCACCUGCUGCCGCUGGAGACGGAUCAACCGAUGCCGUACCACAGAAGACGGCCAACCCUGCUUACAUACUGACCAAUGGCGUAAAGGUGGUACCCAUUGCAAUUUUACCAACUACUCACUACGAGCCAGAACGUACAGUUUCUGUACCACCGCCCCCUCCUCCGCCACCCCCGCCCCCUUUGCCACAAGUAUCUAUGAAUACACCAAUACAUGAUUGCACAGAAGACAGUCAAAUAAUGGACGAUGUCCUCGAAAUUUUAGUAGAGAAUGGUGAAUUGCCGGCUUCAGCUGUUGAUGACGCUACGACACCUCGUCAAGUUGACAGUGGGUACAUUACAGGCCCUGAUACGUUCUCCCCAACUGACGUACUAACUAACGACGUUCUUGACGACACACAUGUUCGGGACUCGCUUGCGGCCGAGGAAUUACAAAGAGAGCUCGACGAUAUUCAGAAUGAAAUACUUUGCCAUGCUGAUUUACAUGCAAUAAACAAUAUCAGUCACUGUGAUAUGGUACCAACUGCGGCUGACAUAGAACCGGAUUUGAGCGUCGAAUUAUUGUCCAACAGCGAUUUUCAUACAGGGUUUGGUGUGACAGAUUCGUCAGUAAGCGAUCAUGAUUUCCUCGGUAGUCUGCUGUCGGGAGAAAGUAAUGACCGAACUGAGGAUAAAUCUCAUAUGGCGAUGGAUAUCGGGGAGGAACCUUCAGAGAGAAUGAGUAUGACACCUUUGACCAACGGGGAUAUACUCGACUAUUCCAGAACGAGUUUCGAGUAUAUGGACGAUUUAUCGUUACCAUCUUUUCAUAAUGAAGACAGUCGUAACGGAAUGUUCGAGGAGCGUUCCUGCGAGUUUGACCUGAAAGAACUGGAGGAGUCAAGGUCGAACAUGAACGUUGACGGCGACGGGUACGAGUACAUGAGCACGGAAUUGAUCCCAAACCUGUUCGGACGUGGCCCGGUGGCGCAAUGUGACCCACUGCUAGGCGGAUUAGCAGCUAGACCACCGCCGCGUCCACAGCACAAGCAUUACUCCUGGGACCGGAUAGAGUAUGACGCCACUUGACCCACGGUCCCUACAGCUCUUCCAGGGCGUCGUUCUGUAAUGAUGCUUACCCUAUGAUCUCUGAAAUAUCUAUUUAUCCUUGUACCGAGUAUGUGAGUUCGUAUUAAAUGAGUUCAGACGCUACUAAGAGUUCAUACGUCCCGAAUUCGAGGGAUAUGUCCAUGUUGGUGCAAAGAAUUUAAGACAGUAUAUUUUUUUGUCGUCGACAGCUACUCAGUGGCUGUUCGAUUAAUAUGCUAGUCUCUUCUGUGACUCGUUCUUCCAGGGUGGUGACUUACGUGUUGUACUCUAAGAACAAGUAUAAUUUAUUAUGAUGUGAAACACAAAGUGUUGGCAUUAACUGAGAACUUGUUAGUCUACAUAAUUAUUCAGUACUUAAUAGUCGGUACGAAAUAUUUGUGUCGCUAGUUGAUAAAUAGUUAUAUAAUCAUAUAGUUAGUGAGUGUUAAUAUGCGUCGCCACACGUGUACGCAGUGACAUACCUACUUGGCUCACAUAAUAUAAAUCCAUUUUAUUUACUAUUUAUAAGCAUAUCUACUUAUGUAUAUAUUGAAAGUAAUAAUACUCAACAUAGUUGUGGAUUUCUGCAUUCCGCCCGAUGACUUAUAACCUAGGGAAAAUUAUAAUAAGAAAACAUUUGUUGGGGCACAAAUUUCAAUCUAUGAGACACCUGGUAACGUACACAUUGUGUUAAUGAUAAUGCUAAUAAAAUGUAUAGAAUUGAUGUUGUGUCAGUUACUAAAAACUGUUCAAAUGCUAUCACUGUUGCAUGAUAGCAAUUUCCCAAA